AAUCCCUAAAAAAGGGAACCCCAUUUCCAUGUUUUACUGCUAUGUUAUUCCCAAAACCGAUACUCUUUCAUUUCUCUCACAAAUAAGAGCGAACCCUAUAACACGUUUUCUUUCAAUUCAACAAAAUUCAGAUCAGACAAGAAGAAAAUGACACCAAUUUUCACUUCAAUUUCCCUUUUCACAAUAACCCUAACCCUAACCCUAAUUCAAUUUACACAUGCAAAUUCUGAAGGAGAUGCUCUUUACACACUCAAACGAAGCCUCACCGAUCCUGAUAACGUUCUCCAAAGCUGGGAUCCGACCCUAGUUAGUCCUUGUACUUGGUUUCAUGUCACAUGUAACCAAGACAAUCGUGUCACUCGAGUGGAUCUUGGUAAUUCUAACCUAUCUGGACAUUUGGUACCUGAACUCGGGAAGCUAGAGCAUCUUCAAUACCUUGAGCUGUACAAAAACAACAUUCAAGGAACUAUUCCUAAAGAGCUUGGAAACCUCAAGAGUCUUGUUAGCUUGGACUUGUAUAACAACAACAUAUCAGGAACCAUCCCACCUUCAUUGGGGAAAUUGAAGAAUCUCGUCUUUUUACGACUUAAUGACAAUCGACUAACUGGUCCAAUCCCCAGAGAACUCAUUGCUGUUACAAGCCUUAAAGUAGUGGAUGUCUCCAACAAUGACUUAUGUGGCACUAUUCCUACCUCUGGGCCAUUCGAGCAUAUUCCAUUGAAUAACUUUGAGAAUAACCCCCGACUGGAAGGUCCAGAGUUGUUGGGACUCGUAAGUUAUGACACAAACUGCUCGUGAAUGACAUGACGCUGUAGGAACUCAAUCUACGUUGAAUUAUAGUGUGUACUCUAAGAUCGAAGUGUAUUACGUCGUAGUGCAAUGGGGUGUGGUGUAUAUGUAAAUUUACAUACUGAAGAGUGUUGGCAUUUGUACCAGGAGUAUGAUCUUCCACUGAAGUUGAUGUCUUGAGUAUCUAUCUAUUGAUGUAAAAUACUAGAAAAGAAAACAACUUGGUCACUGAUAAAAUAUUUGUGACGCAAUAGUAAUGCUGUUUGUUAGGUCCUAUUUCAAGCUUUGUUAGUAUUUCUAUCUCAAUGACAAUGCAAGUGUUUAGAGUGUUUUACCACUUAAGAAUUGGUGCAUAUGUUUCAUAUGAACGGGUUCAAGUAGCUGUUUAAUUUCAA